AUGGCGCUCCCUGGUGGCAAGUUCUUCGUGCAGGACGCUCUAAAGACUCCUGCAGUUCAUCAUGAGAGCUUUGAGAAGCUGUGGACUACGAAAUGGCAAGCGCCUUGCAAGGCGGGUCUUUAUCCGUUCAUGUUCAAUGCGUACCAGGACUUUGAGCCCAUCGUUGAGAGAUUGAUCAAGGAAGGCCAGAAGGAACCUUACGAUUGGGACAAGUAUGCUGAGGCUUUCUUCCCCAAGGCUGAGGAACUUGUUGCAGAGGCAGACAAGGCAGAUAAGGAGGGCAACAGGGAGAAAGCGUCUGAGUUGUAUCUUCGAGCUUCUGCAAUUUACCGCAUCUCUCGAUUCCCGGCGCCGCGAUCAGAGAAGCAGCGCCAUGCGUGGACGGAGGGCAAGAAAGCAGCCAAGAAAGGUCUCAUGCUGCGUGAACGACCAACCCAGGAGGUGUCCAUUCCUCACAAGUACGGCAACGACACCGAUGGGAAGGAGAUCACUUUCUACUACCAUCUUCCUCCAGGAACGUCGAAGGACAGCCCGGUCCCCCUAGUGGUGAUUCUGACUGGCCUGGACGGCUACCGGACUGAGCUCGCUGUGUGGAUUGAAGGCUGGUCGCAGAAAGGGGUUGCGACUCUGAUUCUGGAGAUCCCAGGAACUGGUGACAACCCAGCCAACCCGUCUGAUCCCACCGCGCCCGACCGAGUCUGGUCCAGUCUCCUCGAAUGGGUCGAAGCGCAAGCUGAAAUCGACCCGUCUCGCAAAGCGAUGUGGGCUUUCUCCACGGGAGGGUACUACGCCAUUCGACUGGCUCAUACCCAUCCUCACAGGCUGUCUGGUAUCGUCGCACAAGGUGGUGGUUGCCAUUACAUGUUUCAUCCCGAGUGGCUUUCCCACGUCAACCACUUGGAGUACCCGUUCGAUCUUGCAAGCACGUUGGCCUACAAAUUCGGCUACGGCGAUGACCUCGAGACUUUCAAGAAAGAAGCCAUGAAGUACUCCUUGCUUGAGGACGGCACGUUGGACAAGCCAGAAUGCACGAGGCUGCUGUUGGUCAAUGGCGACAAGGACGAGAUUUUCCCGGUCGAUGACUAUCUACUUUGUCUGCAUCGCGGUGCACCGAAGGAAGCUCGAUUGGUGGAGAAUAGGAUGCAUAUGGGCGAGCCUGAGGCUUUCGUGAUCAUUCUCAAGUGGGUGUAUAGUCUGUUUGGCUUGAAGGGUCAUCCGGGUGAGCAGUUGAAAACUAUUCCAGCGAGGCCAAAGUAUGUGUAG